GAUGGGGUCUUGCUGUGUCUCCCAGGCUGGAUUACAGUGGCAGGAUCAUGGCUUACUAACGUCUGGACCUCCUGGGCUCAAGCAACCCUCCUGUCUCAACCUCCCAAGUAGCUGGGAUUACAGCCUAGAACAUUCCAUAUUCUGCUUCACACGCGGUGACUCACUCACUACUGCUUUGUACCAGUGUGCCCACUUGAGUGCCUGUAAAGUACAAGCUCCAGAUCAAAAAAGCUUCUAGAUGGAUCCUUUCCAAACUUGGUGUCUUUUCUACAAACUCUGUGCCUCAACAACCAUUUCUAAGUGAUAAAAUGUUCUCUGAUCAAGUGGAAUGAAAAUAAAAAUCCCAUGAGCUGAAGCCAUUUAUUGUUAUCUUUGAUGGUUAACAUCUAAAUGCUUAAUUCCUGAAACCACUCAAGAGUCAUAGGAUUAGAUGAUCCAAGUUACCACCACGAAAUUACUGUCUCAAGUGAUACGCUUCAGUGACAGUCAGCAAAGUGAAUAAAUACUGUGCUUCUUCCAACUUUCAUUCCACUUGGGGAAAAAAAAAUAUCGUCAUGUCAAACAUUACGAUUGACCCAGAUGUCAAACCUGGUGAAUAUGUCAUCAAGAGCCUCUUUGCAGAAUUUGCUGUUCAAGCUGAAAAGAAAAUUGAAGUUGUAAUGGCCGAACCCUUGGAGAAGCUAUUGUCCAGAUCUCUUCAGAGGGGUGAAGAUCUUCAGUUUGAUCAGUUGAUAAGCUCUAUGAGCUCAGUAGCAGAGCACUGUCUCCCUUCCUUACUUCGCACCUUGUUUGACUGGUACAGACGCCAAAAUGGAACGGAAGAUGAAUCUUAUGAAUAUAGGCCUCGGUCUAGCACAAAGUCUAAGGGGGAUGAACAGCAACGUGAAAGAGAUUAUCUUCUUGAAAGGAGGGACUUAGCAGUAGACUUCAUUUUUUGUUUAGUUUUAGUUGAAGUUCUAAAGCAGAUUCCUGUUCAUCCUGUACCUGAUCCCUUAGUUCAUGAAGUUCUAAACUUAGCUUUUAAGCACUUUAAACAUAAGGAAGGAUAUUCAGGAACCAACACUGGGAAUGUGCAUAUUAUUGCUGAUUUAUAUGCAGAGGUGAUAGGGGUUCUUGCCCAAUCAAAGUUUCAGGCUGUAAGGAAGAAGUUUGUGACAGAAUUAAAAGAACUGCGACAAAAGGAACAAAGCCCACAUGUGGUACAAAGUGUCAUCAGCUUAAUAAUGGGAAUGAAAUUUUUUCGAGUAAAAAUGUAUCCUGUAGAAGAUUUUGAAGCAUCAUUUCAAUUUAUGCAGGAAUGUGCUCAGUAUUUCUUAGAAGUGAAAGAUAAAGAUAUAAAACAUGCACUUGCUGGUUUAUUUGUGGAGAUUCUUAUCCCUGUGGCUGCUGCUGUUAAAAAUGAAGUGAAUGUUCCCUGUUUGAAAAAUUUUGUGGAGAUGCUUUAUCAGACUACUUUUGAACUGAGCUCGAGAAAGAAGCAUUCAUUGGCUUUAUAUCCACUAAUUACCUGCCUUUUAUGUGUCAGUCAGAAACAAUUUUUUUUAAAUAACUGGCAUAUUUUCCUACAGAACUGUUUGUCACAUUUAAAGAUGCCAUCUAACAACAGUAUCAGAAAACAAAUAGAAACACUCCAGAAUAAAGAUCCAAAAAUGUCUCGAGUUGCACUGGAGUCUUUGUAUAGAUUAUUGUGGGUUUAUGUAAUUAGAAUAAAAUGUGAAAGCAACACUGUAACUCAAAGUCGUCUUAUGAGCAUAGUGUCAGCACUUUUUCCAAAAGGCUCACGAAGUGUGGUUCCUCGUGACACACCUCUCAAUAUAUUUGUGAAGAUUAUUCAGUUCAUUGCUCAGGAACGCUUGGAUUUUGCAAUGAAAGAAAUAAUAUUUGAUCUUCUCAGUGUUGGAAAAUCUACUAAAACUUUCACCAUUAAUCCAGAGAGAAUGAACAUAGGCCUCAGAGUCUUCCUUGUAAUAGCAGACAGUUUGCAGCAGAAAGAUGGUGAACCACCCAUGCCAACAACAGGAGUUAUUCUUCCCUCAGGAAAUACUCUUCGUGUAAAGAAAAUAUUUCUCAAUAAAACCUUGACAGAUGAAGAAGCAAAAGUCAUAGGAAUGUCACUUUACUAUCCUCAAGUAAGAAAAGCAUUAGAUAGCAUCCUCAGACAUUUGGACAAAGAAGUUGGGAGACCAAUGUGUAUGACCAGUGUGCAGAUGUCUAAUAAGGAGCCUGAAGACAUGAUUACGGGGGAAAGAAAACCCAAGAUUGAUUUGUUUAGAACUUGUAUUGCUGCGAUUCCAAGGUUGAUUCCUGACGGUAUGAGUAGAACUGACCUGAUUGAAUUGUUAGCAAGGCUCACAAUUCAUAUGGAUGAAGAACUGCGUGCUCUGGCUUUCAAUACUCUGCAGGCACUAAUGCUUGAUUUUCCAGAUUGGCGGGAGGAUGUUCUUUCAGGAUUUGUUUAUUUUAUUGUUCGUGAAGUGACUGAUGUCCAUCCCACGCUUCUUGAUAAUGCCGUAAAGAUGUUGGUACAAUUAAUAAAUCAGUGGAAACAAGCAGCCCAAAUGCAUAAUAAAAACCAGGACACUCAGCAUGGUGUAGCUAAUGGAGCUUCUCAUCCCCCUCCUCUGGAAAGGAGCCCAUAUUCCAACGUAUUCCAUGUGGUUGAAGGCUUUGCGCUUGUCAUUCUCUGUAGCAGUCGACCUGCCACUAGGAGGCUAGCCGUCAGUGUCCUUAGAGAAAUACGGGCUUUAUUUGCACUUUUGGAAAUACCUAAGGGUGAUGAUGAAUUAGCCAUAGAUGUGAUGGACAGGCUAAGCCCAUCCAUUCUUGAGAGCUUCAUACAUCUCACUGGGGCUGAUCAGACUACUUUGCUCUAUUGCCCUAGCUCGAUAGAUUUACAAACAUUAGCAGAAUGGAACUCUUCUCCUAUUAGCCACCAGUUUGAUGUGAUUAGUCCAUCACACAUAUGGAUAUUUGCACAUGUGACCCAAGGCCAAGACCCAUGGAUUAUAAGUCUCUCCAGUUUUUUAAAGCAAGAAAAUCUUCCUAAACACUGCUCUACAGCUGUGAGCUAUGCUUGGAUGUUUGCAUACACAAGACUUCAGUUGUUGUCCCCUCAGGUCGAUAUAAAUAGCCCCAUCAAUGCUAAGAAAGUAAAUACCACCACAAGCAGUGACUCAUACAUUGGCCUGUGGAGAAACUAUCUGAUCCUUUGCUGCAGUGCAGCAACAUCGUCAUCUUCCACAUCUGCAGGUUCUGUGAGAUGUUCUCCUCCUGAGACGCUGGCGUCUACCCCAGAUAGCGGCUAUAGCAUUGAUUCUAAAAUUAUUGGCAUCCCAUCCCCUUCAUCCUUGUUUAAGCACAUAGUUCCAAUGAUGCGCUCUGAGAGCAUGGAAAUCACAGAAUCCCUUGUUCUAGGUCUUGGCAGGACCAACCCAGGAGCUUUUAGGGAACUAAUAGAGGAAUUACAUCCCAUAAUUAAAGAAGCACUCGAAAGAAGGCCAGAGAAUAUGAAACGGCGCAGGCGUCGAGACAUUUUACGAGUACAACUGGUACGAAUAUUUGAACUGCUGGCAGAUGCUGGUGUCAUUAGUCACAGUGCAAGUGGUGGCCUUGAUAAUGAAACACAUUUUCUCAACAACACUUUAUUGGAGUAUGUAGAUUUAACUAGACAACUCCUGGAAGCAGAAAAUGAAAAAGACUCUGACACACUGAAGGAUAUACGAUGCCAUUUUAGUGCCUUAGUGGCGAAUAUUAUUCAGAAUGUUCCAGUGCACCAGAGAAGAAGUAUUUUUCCUCAACAGAGCCUUCGUCACAGUCUAUUUAUGCUGUUCAGUCACUGGGCAGGUCCUUUUAGCAUCAUGUUUACGCCCUUGGACAGAUACAGUGAUAGAAAUAUGCAAAUUAAUAGACAUCAAUACUGUGCAUUAAAGGCUAUGUCUGCUGUACUAUGUUGUGGCCCUGUUGCAGAUAAUGUAGGACUUUCAUCAGAUGGCUAUUUGUACAAAUGGUUGGAUAACAUUUUGGAUUCUCUGGACAAAAAGGUUCACCAGCUGGGCUGUGAAGCAGUUACGUUGUUACUGGAGCUGAACCCUGAUCAGAGCAACCUGAUGUACUGGGCUGUGGACCGCUGCUACACGGGCUCCGGGAGGGUGGCGGCCGGCUGCUUUAAAGCCAUUGCUAAUGUUUUCCAGAACAGGGAUUAUCAGUGUGACACAGUGAUGCUUCUAAAUCUGAUACUGUUUAAAGCAGCUGAUUCUUCUAGAAGUAUCUAUGAAGUUGCUAUGCAACUUUUACAGAUUCUGGAACCGAAGAUGUUUCGCUAUGCUCACAAAUUGGAGGUUCAGAGAACAGAUGGAGUACUCAGCCAGCUGUCUCCUCUACCACAUCUCUAUUCUGUUUCAUAUUAUCAGUUGUCCGAGGAACUAGCAAGGGCGUAUCCUGAGCUAACUCUCGCCAUAUUCUCAGAGAUAAGCCAGAGAAUCCAGACAGCUCACCCUGCUGGGCGGCAGGUGAUGCUGCACUACCUGCUACCAUGGAUGAACAACAUCGAGCUGGUGGACUUAAAACCUCUCCCCACCGCAAGGCGACAUGAUGAAGAUGAAGAUGAUUCCUUAAAAGACCGAGAACUUAUGGUGACUAGUAGGCGCUGGUUACGGGGAGAAGGAUGGGGAUCUCCACAAGCCACUGCAAUGGUUUUGAACAAUCUGAUGUAUAUGACAGCAAAGUAUGGCGAUGAACUGGCCUGGUCGGAGGUGGAGAAUGUGUGGACCACACUUGCAGAUGGCUGGCCCAAAAACCUGAAAAUAAUUUUGCACUUUUUGAUCAGCAUUUGUGGGGUGAAUAGCGAACCAAGCCUCUUGCCUUACGUGAAGAAGGUCAUUGUAUAUUUAGGUAGAGAUAAAACAAUGCAGUUGCUAGAAGAGCUGGUGAGUGAGCUUCAGCUGACCGAUCCUGUCAGUUCAGGGGUCACUCACAUGGAUAAUCCCCCGUAUUAUCGCAUCACUUCCAGCUAUAAAAUCCCUUCUGUCACCUCAGGAACUACUUCCAGUAGCAAUACAAUGGUAGCUCCCACAGAUGGCAAUCCUGAUAAUAAGCCCAUUAAAGAGAAUAUUGAAGAGAGCUAUGUGCACCUGGACAUUUACAGUGGACUAAACAGUCAUUUGAAUCGGCAACAUCACAGACUAGAAUCCCGAUACAGUAGCAGCUCUGGAGGAUCUUAUGAAGAAGAAAAAAGUGAUUCAAUGCCACUUUAUUCUAAUUGGCGACUGAAAGUGAUGGAGCAUAACCAAGGAGAGCCACUGCCCUUCCCACCAGCUGGAGGCUGCUGGUCACCACUGGUGGAUUACGUGCCUGAAACGUCAUCACCUGGAUUACCUCUUCACAGGUGUAACAUAGCAGUGAUCCUUUUGACUGAUCUCAUCAUUGAUCAUAGUGUGAAGGUGGAAUGGGGAAGCUACCUCCAUCUUCUUCUUCAUGCAAUUUUUAUAGGGUUUGACCACUGCCACCCUGAGGUGUAUGAACAUUGUAAACGCCUGCUUCUGCACUUAUUAAUAGUAAUGGGACCCAAUAGUAACAUCCGAACUGUUGCUUCUGUCCUUCUCAGGAACAAGGAGUUUAAUGAGCCCAGGGUGCUUACAGUCAAACAAGUUGCACACUCAGAUUAUAAUUUCACAGCAGGCAUUAACGAUUUUAUACCUGAUUACCAGCCCUCCCCUAUGACUGACUCAGGGCUUAGCUCAAGUUCUACCUCUUCUAGUAUCAGCUUAGGAAAUAACAGUGCUGCCAUUUCACAUCUGCACACCACUAUCCUCAAUGAGGUUGACAUCUCAGUGGAGCAGGAUGGAAAAGUCAAAACCCUCAUGGAAUUCAUUACCUCAAGAAAAAGAGGGCCCCUUUGGAACCAUGAGGAUGUUUCUGCCAAGAAUCCUAGCAUAAAGAGUGCUGAACAGUUAACUACAUUUUUGAAACAUGUGGUUUCUGUUUUUAAGCAGUCAAGCUCAGAAGGAAUUCAUCUGGAACAUCAUCUUAGUGAAGUUGCUCUGCAAACAGCACUUUCGUGUUCUUCUCGACACUAUGCUGGGAGAUCCUUUCAGAUUUUCAGGGCCCUAAAGCAGCCUCUCACUGCAACUACACUUUCUGAUGUUCUCUCCAGACUUGUAGAAACUGUAGGGGAUCCAGGAGAAGAUGCACAGGGAUUUGUGAUUGAGCUGCUUCUCACAUUGGAAUCUGCAAUUGAUACUUUGGCGGAAACCAUGAAGCAUUAUGAUCUUCUUUCUGCCCUUUCUCAAACCUCAUAUCAUGAUCCUAUAAUGGGAAACAAGUAUGCAGCUAACAGGAAAAGCACUGGACAACUCAAUCUAAGCACAAGUCCCAUUAAUAGUAGCAGUUAUUUGGGAUAUAACAGUAAUGCAAGAAGUAACUCUUUGAGAUUAAGUUUGAUUGGUGACCGACGAGGUGACCGGCGGCGGAGUAACACACUGGAUAUAAUGGAUGGACGGAUAAACCAUAGCAGUAGUUUAGCAAGGACUAGAAGCCUUUCCUCUCUAAGAGAGAAAGGAAUGUAUGAUGUGCAGUCCACUACUGAGCCUACCAACUUGAUGGCCACCGUUUUUUGGAUAGCAGCAUCUUUAUUAGAAUCAGAUUAUGAAUAUGAAUACCUCCUGGCUCUCAGGCUUCUCAACAAACUGCUUAUCCAUUUGCCUUUGGAUAAAUCAGAGAGUCGAGAGAAGAUUGAAAAUGUACAAAGCAAAUUGAAAUGGACUAAUUUUCCAGGACUUCAACAGCUCUUCCUUAAGGGUUUUACCUCAGCAUCUACACAAGAAAUGACCGUGCACCUCCUCAGUAAACUCAUUUCUGUCUCCAAACAUACAUUGGUGGAUCCUUCCCAAUUGUCAGGCUUUCCUCUUAACAUCCUUUGCUUAUUGCCUCACUUAAUCCAGCAUUUUGACAGCCCAACUCAGUUUUGCAAAGAAACAGCUAGUCGAAUAGCAAAGGUUUGUGCAGAAGAAAAAUGCCCAACACUUGUCAAUCUGGCACACAUGAUGAGUUUGUACAGUACGCACACAUAUUCCAGAGACUGUUCUAACUGGAUCAAUGUCGUGUGCAGAUACCUGCAUGACUCCUUCUCAGAUACAACAUUUAAUCUUGUGACUUAUCUUGCAGAGCUAUUAGAAAAAGGAUUGUCCAGUAUGCAGCAAUCAUUACUACAGAUUAUUUAUAGUCUGUUGAGUCAUAUUGACCUGUCUGCAGCCCCAGCCAAGCAGUUUAAUCUGGAGAUCAUAAAGAUUAUUGGCAAAUAUGUACAGAGUCCUUACUGGAAGGAAGCCCUUAACAUAUUAAAGCUGGUUGUGUCACGCUCUGCGAGUCUUGUCGUACCCAGUGAUAUCCCCAAGACCUAUGGAGGAGAUACAGGUUCUCCUGAAAUAUCCUUCACUAAAAUUUUUAAUAAUGUUUCUAAGGAGUUGCCUGGGAAGACCUUAGAUUUUCACUUUGAUAUAUCUGAGACACCAAUUAUUGGAAACAAAUAUGGUGAUCAGCACAGUGCGGCUGGAAGAAAUGGGAAACCAAAAGUUAUUGCUGUCACUAGAAGUACUUCCUCAACUUCUUCUGGUUCUAAUUCUAAUGCCUUGGUUCCUGUUAGUUGGAAAAGGCCACAGUUAUCACAGCGAAGAACAAGAGAAAAGCUAAUGAAUGUGCUUUCUCUCUGUGGUCCAGAAUCUGGCCUCCCAAAGAACCCAUCAGUUGUAUUUUCUUCUAAUGAGGAUUUGGAAGUCGGUGACCAACAGACUAGCCUAAUUUCUACAACAGAAGACAUAAAUCAAGAGGAAGAAGUAGCUGUGGAAGAUAAUAGCAGUGAACAACAGUUUGGUGUUUUUAAGGAUUUUGACUUUUUAGAUGUUGAAUUGGAAGAUGCAGAGGGUGAAAGUAUGGACAAUUUCAACUGGGGAGUUCGCAGGCGCUCACUGGACAGUAUUGACAAAGGGGACACUCCAUCCCUCCAGGAGUACCAGUGCUCUAGUAGCACCCCCAGCCUGAACCUCACCAAUCAGGAGGAUACAGAUGAGUCCUCGGAAGAAGAAGCGGCACUUACAGCAAGCCAGAUACUCUCACGCACACAGAUGUUAAACAGUGAUUCUGCCACUGAUGAAACAAUACCAGACCAUCCUGACUUACUUCUCCAGUCUCAAGAUUCCACUGGCAGCAUCACAACAGAGGAAGUGCUUCAAAUCAGGGAUGAGACCCCAACUUUGGAGGCUUCUCUAGAUAAUGCUAACAGCCGGCUGCCUGAGGAUACAAGUUCAGUAUUAAAGGAGGAACAUGUUACAACCUUUGAAGAUGAAGGGUCCUAUAUAAUUCAAGAACAGCAGGAUUCUCUUGUGUGUCAAGGAAUUCUUGAUUUAGAAGAAACUGAAAUGCCAGAGCCUCUAGCUCCUGAAAGCUACCCCGAGUCAAUCUGUGAAGAAGAUGUUACCUUAGCUCUGAAAGAGCUAGAUGAAAGAUGUGAAGAAGAAGAAGCGGAUUUCUCCGGACUGUCUAGUCAAGAUGAAGAAGAGCAAGAUGGUUUUCCAGAAGUACAGACGUCGCCUCUGCCGUCACCAUUUCUUUCUGCCAUCAUAGCCGCCUUUCAGCCCGUGGCAUAUGAUGAUGAAGAGGAAGCCUGGCGCUGCCACGUCAAUCAGAUGCUGUCUGACACCGACGGGUCCUCUGCAGUGUUUACUUUUCAUGUGUUUUCUAGGCUGUUUCAGACAAUUCAAAGAAAGUUUGGAGAAAUAACUAAUGAGGCAGUCAGCUUUCUUGGUGAUAGUCUGCAACGCAUUGGUACCAAAUUUAAAAGUUCCUUGGAAGUGAUGAUGAUGUGUUCAGAAUGCCCAACAGUCUUUGUGGAUGCUGAAACACUGAUGUCAUGUGGUUUGCUGGAAACACUCAAGUUUGGUGUUUUGGAGUUGCAAGAACACCUGGAUACAUACAAUGUGAAAAGAGAAGCCGCUGAGCAGUGGCUAGAUGAUUGUAAGAGGACAUUUGGUGCCAAAGAAGACAUGUAUAGGAUAAACACAGAUGCACAACAAAUGGAAAUACUAGCAGAAUUGGAGCUCUGCCGAAGAUUAUACAAAUUGCAUUUUCAAUUGCUGCUUCUGUUCCAGGCCUACUGUAAACUUAUCAACCAAGUAAAUACAAUAAAAAAUGAAGCAGAGGUCAUCAACAUGUCAGAGGAACUUGCCCAGCUGGAAAGUAUCCUCAAAGAAGCUGAGUCUGCUUCCGAAAACCAAGAAAUUGACAUUUCCAAAGCUGCACAAACUACUAUAGAAACUGCCAUUCAUUCUUUAAUUGAAACUUUGAAAAAUAAGGAAUUUAUAUCAGCUGUAGCACAAGUCAAAGCUUUCAGAUCUCUCUGGCCCAGUGAUAUCUUUGGCAGUUGUGAAGAUGACCCUGUACAGACACUGUUACAUAUAUAUUUCCAUCAUCAGACACUGGGCCAGACAGGAAGCUUUGCAGUUAUAGGCUCUAACCUGGACAUGUCAGAAGCCAACUACAAACUGAUGGAACUUAAUCUGGAAAUAAGAGAGUCUCUACGCAUGGUGCAAUCAUACCAACUUCUAGCACAGGCCAAACCAAUGGGAAAUAUGGUGAGCACUGGAUUCUGAGACACUUCAGGCCUUUAGGAAAGAAACUAAACUGAAGAUGAUGAAGAAUAUUAACCAAGCACCUUUUAUGGACCCUUGCAUUCACUGAUAACUUUCUGGCAGCAUCUACUUUUUAGUGUAACUAAUGUCAAACUGUAUCAAAAACAAAGAUCUGAAAGAAAAAAACAUCUGAUAUUUUAACAGCUGCCAAUAUCUCCCAAAAUAACUGUAUGAAGAAGGAAUUUUUUAAUUACUUAACCUACGUGAAAAGAAAAGGGCUAAAAGUGAUGCCUACAAAUACAUUACUUUCUGGGGAAAGAAAAGAAUUCCAAGAAUGUUUGCAAUAAUGGCCUCCAAUACUGAAACAACCAAAAGCAGGUGAAAUGAGGCUGAAAUCAAGGCUGUUUCAUUUUAGCUGAAGACCUGCAAAGCUGCUUGGAUUUCUAGCAGUCGAAAACCUAACCUGCAAUUGAUGCUUAAUCAUCCAUCCACAUGAACAUGCAGUCAGCUAUACACAUCAAGACUCAUUUGCAAAAACCAUUGAUUUUUUCAGUAUGUGGGAUAAGGGUUUGGGUUUUUUUGUUUUUUGGUCUGUAUAAGGAAUUAUGUGUGUGUGAGUUGGGAUGUAUGGAUAUGUGAUAGUCAUAUUUUCAAGGUAUGGAUGUUUGGUGAUAACGUCUCAGAGCAUGCCUAAAAGAGCACUGCAAGAUUAUUUUUGAAGAAAUGUUAUUUUAUUAGAUCUAACUCUUCAUAGUAUGUAAAUGUUAGAACAUUUUAAUAAUAUUUUAAAACUGGGCUUUCCCAGUAUUUCAAAAAGAAAUAAUAUAUCUGUUAACGUUAUUGGAAUGCUGCUCAGUUCUCUGAUCAGUGCUUAUGUUACGAUUGUUGAUAACUAACCAAAGUAGAUGCCUGCAGAGACUUUAAAAUGUAAAAUAAAGAUGUAUGCUGCCUGUCAGCUAUUCUCAUUAGAAAAGUUAACUUAUUUUACUCCAUAUAGAAACUGUAGAGACUAAAACCAGUUAUUUUCUUGUACAUUUGUGCCAUGCACUGUUAUACAAGAAUAGGUGUACAAAGCUAAAGAAAAAAUUGUGGUCAUUGAUGAUGGAAUACACGACUUGCAGGCUUUGAAGUCUGCAGAAUUCAAGAAAAGAGCUGCAAAUGCAUUUUUGUAUCUUUAUUCAGGACUCACAUGCUUUACCCUAAAGAAACCUGGGGCUAGGGGAAAUGAAAGGAAGCCUGAAGACUGACUACCAAAACAUGCAAUAUACUUAUUCACUGUCUAAGUCUGUAGUAUAACAUGAACUGGAGUCUCUAUCCUUUUUUAAAUCGCAUUUUGUAAGAAAAGAAAAAAAAAAAAAAUGUAGUCCCACAACUCCUGAUUUGAAAGAAACACCUUGUAUUUUUUAUAUACAUCUCUUAUCCACUGUGACUUUUCUUUUAAACUGGGCUCUGUGAUUCCAGAGUUUAGAAUGUAGAAAUGAAAUGCUUAGCUUUACCUUUUCUUGGGGGUGUGGACCCUGCCAGAAAUGUAAUUACAUAUGCUCAAGUGCAUUAAUUGAAGGCACUGUGCACACCAUUGGACUGCUGACCACAGUUACGUUUCCAGUAAAAUUCCGUAACUGGUCACGGCUCAUUCAUAAUCACUGUAUUUUUUGACCCUGAUAAAGACAAUUAUUUUGAUGGUGUUCUGGUACUGUAAGUGGUAUCCUUUAAAUUAUUUAAAAUUUUUGGGUGUGGGGCAGGCAGAGAGGGAUGGUGUCCAGAGAUACAUCACACUUUACGUCCUAUCUUACUAUCCUCUGUUUUUCUCACCCUCCUUACAUCCUUUUUGUCAAAAAUAAAAAGCAUUGUAGCUGUC